GCCCGGCCCCGGCCCUCCCAGCCCGCCGGCCUCGCCGCCUCCGCCCGCGCGCACCGCUGCCUGCCGCCGCCGCCGCCGCUGCUCGCGCCGGGCGCUGCUGCUCCGGAGUCGGGCUGCCGUCCGCCGGCUUUGUGCUUCCAGCCGGGGAUGGGAGCGACCUCUUCCUGAUCGCCAACGGUCUCUGAAGGAAGCGAGCGCGCUCGAUCGCCCGGCGGGGCGGCGUGCAGGACCCGGGGAGGGAAUCCAUCCACGAGCCUGAGCCCCAGGUUGAGACUGUUGGAAGGCUCAUUGUACAAUAUGCUUCGGUUAAGUCUGUUACACCCGGCCUCAAUGGGAGGUCAUCUAGUAGCUCUGAUGGCUCUCUUGUUUUCCCAUGUUCACUAUAUAACCGCGGAGACAGACACAGAAACAGAAGGAAAUGGAACUGUGUGUACUGGCUCAUAUUACUGUAAGAAAGGGGUGAUUUUGCCCAUUUGGGAACCCCAAGAUCCAUCUUUUGGAGAUAAAAUUGCUAGAGCAACUGUGUAUUUUGUGGCCAUGGUCUACAUGUUUCUUGGAGUUUCCAUUAUUGCCGACCGGUUCAUGUCUUCUAUAGAGGUGAUCACAUCUCAAGAGAAAGAAAUAACCAUAAAGAAACCCAAUGGAGAGACCACCAAGACUACAGUGAGGAUCUGGAAUGAGACCGUGUCGAACCUGACCUUGAUGGCCCUGGGAUCUUCUGCUCCUGAGAUUCUCCUGUCAGUCAUUGAAGUGUGUGGCCAUAACUUCACUGCAGGGGACCUUGGUCCCAGCACCAUCGUGGGAAGCGCCGCCUUCAACAUGUUCAUCAUCAUCGCACUCUGUGUCUAUGUCGUCCCCGACGGCGAGACAAGGAAGAUUAAGCAUUUGCGUGUGUUCUUCGUGACAGCGGCCUGGAGCAUCUUCGCCUACACCUGGCUUUAUAUUAUUCUGUCUGUCAUUUCUCCUGGUGUUGUGGAGGUCUGGGAAGGACUGCUGACUUUCUUCUUCUUUCCCAUCUGUGUCGUGUUUGCUUGGAUAGCAGACAGGCGGCUUCUCUUUUACAAGUAUGUCUACAAGCGGUAUAGGGCUGGAAAGCAAAGGGGAAUGAUUAUUGAACACGAAGGAGAAAGGCAAUCGUCCAAAACUGAAAUCGAAAUGGACGGUAAGGUGGUCAACUCUCAUGUUGACAGUUUCCUAGAUGGUGCUUUGGUUUUGGAAGUUGAUGAGAGGGACCAAGAUGAUGAGGAAGCGAGGCGUGAGAUGGCAAGGAUUCUGAAGGAACUUAAGCAGAAGCAUCCAGAAAAAGAAAUUGAGCAGUUAAUAGAACUAGCCAACUAUCAGGUCCUAAGUCAGCAGCAAAAAAGCCGAGCAUUUUACCGGAUUCAAGCGACUCGCCUGAUGACUGGAGCUGGCAACAUUCUGAAGAGGCAUGCGGCUGACCAGGCGAGAAAGGCUAUCAGCAUGCAUGAAGUCAACAUGGGCUCUUCUGAAAAUGGCCCAGUCAGCAAGGUCUUCUUUGAACACCGGACAUACCAGUGUUUAGAGAACUGUGGUACUGUGGCUCUCACCAUUGUCCGCAGCGGGGGCGACUUGAACAACACCCUGUUUGUUGACUUCAGGACAGAAGAUGGCACAGCCAACGCUGGGUCUGACUAUGAGUUCACUGAAGGGACUGUGGUCUUUAAACCAGGGGAGACGCUGAAGGAAAUCCAGGUCGGCAUCAUCGAUGAUGAUAUCUUUGAAGAAGACGAAAACUUCCUUGUGCAUCUCAGCAAUGUCAGAAUCACGUCAGACAGCACAGAAGAUGACAUACUAGAAGCCAACCAUAUUUCUGCACUUGCUUGUCUCGGGUCACCCAACACUGCCACCGUAACCAUUUUUGACGAUGACCAUGCAGGUAUCUUUACAUUUGAGGAACCAGUGACUCAUGUGAGCGAGAGCAUUGGCAUCAUGGAGGUGAAGGUUUUGAGAACAUCCGGUGCUCGAGGAAACGUCGUCGUUCCCUAUAAAACCGUUGAAGGGACGGCCCGAGGUGGAGGGGAGGACUUUGAGGACACGUGUGGAGAGCUCGAAUUCGAGAACGAUGAAAUUAUCCAAGUAAUAUCAGUCAAGGUAAUUGAUGAUGAGGAGUAUGAGAAAAACAAGACCUUCUUCAUUGAGCUUGGAGAGCCCCGCAUGGUGGAGAUGAGUGAGAAGAAAGCCCUGUUAUUGAAUGAGUUUGGUAGCUUCACACGAACAGGCCGCCCUGUCUUCAGGAGGGUUCAAGGCAGAGUUCGUCUGCCCCUCACUACAGUAAUCAGCCUUUCAGAUGACUUCGACAGGCAAAUAAGCAAUAAAGAGGAGGAGGAAAGGCGCAUUGCAGAAAUGGGGCGCCCCAUCCUGGGAGAGUACAGCAAGCUGGAGGUGAUCAUUGAAGAGUCCUAUGAGUUCAAGAACACUGUGGACAAACUCAUUAAGAAGACAAACCUGGCCCUUGUGGUGGGGACAAACAGCUGGAGAGAGCAGUUUAUUGAAGCGAUCACCGUCAGCGCUGGGGAAGAUGACGAUGAAGAUGAGUGUGGUGAAGAGAGGCUGCCCUCCUGUUUUGAUUAUGUGAUGCACUUUCUCACGGUGUUCUGGAAGGUUCUGUUUGCCUUCGUCCCACCUACAGAAUACUGGAAUGGCUGGGCCUGCUUCAUUGUCUCCAUCCUCAUGAUUGGCCUGCUAACAGCCUUCAUCGGAGACCUGGCUUCCCACUUUGGCUGCACCAUUGGCCUGAAAGAUUCCGUGACAGCGGUUGUGUUUGUUGCUCUUGGAACCUCAGUACCAGACACAUUUGCCAGCAAAGUAGCAGCCACCCAGGACCAGUAUGCAGACGCAUCCAUAGGCAACGUCACUGGAAGCAAUGCAGUGAAUGUCUUCCUGGGAAUUGGCCUGGCCUGGUCCAUUGCUGCCAUCUACCAUGCGGCCAAUGGGGAACAGUUCAAAGUGUCCCCUGGCACGCUAGCUUUCUCUGUCACUCUCUUCACCAUUUUUGCUUUCAUCAACGUGGGGGUGCUGCUGUACCGGCGGAGGCCAGAAAUAGGAGGUGAGCUGGGUGGGCCCCGGACUGCCAAGCUCCUCACAUCCUGCCUGUUUGUGCUCCUGUGGCUCUUGUACAUUUUCUUCUCCUCCCUGGAGGCCUACUGCCACAUAAAAGGCUUCUAAAGGAACAAUCAGAUAUAGUAAAUUUAUAUAUAUAUAUAUAUAUACAUAUAUAUAUACAUAAAAAUUAUGUAUAACGAACAGAGGAAACUGACAUUUGUCAUGUUCACUUAACCUGCUGAUGGAAUCCAGCUUCAAGAACAUACUCUGUACUAGGCCGGAAGUCAGAAACUAUCACCUCCCAUUCCCGGGGCAUCAUCGUGGUGAGCAAGGCGUGGAGGCAGGGCCGUCUUUGCAGCUCAGCCUGUACGGGCUAUCCUCUCUCCAAGUUCAUAAACGGUUAAGGCUUUUAUUUGUUUUCUUGUUUUGUUUUGUUUUGUUCUGUUUCCAGUUGGGGGGUGGGGAGGCGGCUGAUGGUUGUCUUUUGGGGUUUGGUUCGGUUUGGUUUUGCUUUAUUCAGUUUGGAGGGCCUACUUCUCUUUAUGGGAAGCAGUGAUCCACCCAAAGGUGAAUGGAUUUAGGGUCAAUAUUAAAAUCAUCAAGAUCCUCUCCUCACUUCCUCCAAACACUUUAAACAUUACUUUGGAUUAAGGAAGGAUCUGGGCACGGAGGAAGAAAGAAGCUGUCUCCACUACAUUACCAAAUGUUAUGCUUAUCUCCAGAAUGUGAACAGUGGUGAACUGCCUUCAGGAAGAAGCAUGGGACCUGAAAUGGAGCCAGAAAGGCAAUGGUUCUUGAUUAGUCUAAGGAUAUGGUACCUGGCCCUCUUGUUCAACAGGUACAGGGUUAAUGUGCCUAGAUUCCCAGGAAUGCGCAGAACUCUUCAUCCCUUAUCUCUUUAGCUCCGAACUGUGAUUAGCAAGACCCUAUUCCUUCCAGCCAAGAUAAUUUCCUAGGUACCCCAUUCUCGGACCUCCCCCUGUCCACCACUCAACCCCUUGCAAGCAGGAAGAUUAACCCCAUCCAAACAGCCUAUCAUUUCAGUCACCAUAUGUGUCCAGGUCCCACGUUGCUGUGCCUGGGAUUUUUCCAUCAGUUUUAUUUUCAGUGGCAUCCAUGGCCCGCACAACCCUGUUACAGUCAUGACUGAACAUUUGCCCUCCUUCAUGUGCCUGUUUGGGAAUGUUGUCGUGAUCCCCAUUACACAGUGCAUGGAUGAAAAACAAUUAAAACAAAGCGUAUCUGUAUAUAGUAGAGUAGAGCAAAUACUGUUCUCCCAUUCAGCGAUGUUGAUUGGACAUUGAAGACAUAAGUGAAUUUUCUUUUCACCUGAGUUGUUACUUUUGAGUUGUUACUGAGUUUGAAUAUUAACAGGGAUAAAAGAAGAAAAUGGCUUAUUGUUCACGAAUCUGCACGCCCACUUCUAAGAAGCAAUAACUGUCAUGUGAGGAGAGAGUAAAGUUAUUGAGAGGAUGGCAGGCAAACCAGAAAAAUACCCAUGGAACUUUAGCCAUGUCGAGCAUAUCAGAGGCCUCUGAGAAUCACCCAUUAAUUCAGGUAGGCCGAAGAGAAAGGCUGGGGAGAAAGGUGGAUACUUUGGAUGUGCCUGGACUUUUGGAGCCACCGUUUCCAUGCCGCCCCUCCCCAAAAGUAUUUAUUGCACAUCUUCUCUGUCUGGCACAGACGAUAGAUAGUGCUCGUUCACUUUAUUUUUUUAUGUAGGAGGCUGUUUUGAGCCCUGUUUCAUUCACCUUUCAGUCCAGACUCCCUGAAUUCAUUAGCAACUCCUGAGUGGAAAAGAAGCCAGAGCGACCAGUGGGAACUCAGAUGUCCACUGUGUAUGACUGAGAGGAAAUGACUCAAAAGGACUGGGGCCUCCCAGGAAGAUUACACUGGGGAGUUUUUAACCCUUCAAAAGGAACGGCUCUUUCUAUUCAAAAAUACCAAAGAGCAAAGAUAAACCCAACAUUCCAAAAGUAGUGAUUCUACUAAUGAUGGGAAAUGGAAUGGCUUUGCCCACCUCUCAGAGGCUUCUCUGAGAAUUCUCUGGCCCUCUACAUUGACUCAAAGAUAGUUAAGAAAUAAAUGUUGCUGAGACGUCUUUUCUCUUCUCUCACUCAGUGAUCAUAGCUGUUCAUUGUUUAAUAAACAUUUAGUGACUGAAUGAAUAGUUAGAUACUUGUUGCCCAUUCAAAAGGCCAGGUAAUAUACUACAACCUGGGAGCUGAACAGUGACCAAGGCAGCCCAGAUUCCUGCUCCCAGGGUUUACGUAGUGAAUGGGAUUCCUAUUCAAAGAGUAAGAAUUGGCACAACCAUACUGAGACAGUUGUAUCUUGCAAGAGAAAAAUAAUUAUGACUUUUAACACAAUCACAUUAAAAUUGCACAACAAAAGCGGUUGACCAAAUGCUCAUUUUUUUUUCGUAAAGGAAUGUAAUGUUUAGCUUUGGAAAAGUACUCUUUAUAGCCUUGGCCAACUUGCAGGUAUGUUCAUCUUCCUAAUUUAGACCAAGCAGGGCAAUCAUGGUGGUGACCGAAAACACUGAGAAGACCCAAUUAACCUGUUUUUAUCUAUGUGGCAAUGGUACUUUUCCAUGACAGCAUGCCACAGACCACUGACAGUGGUGACACUGGUAACUGCUCAGUGGAACACUCUUACCUAUCCUGUUUUAAUUUUUUUAACCUUUAUUUUAGAUUUUAAAAGUGAAAAGCUAGCUUAGAAAUACCAAGUAAAUAUAGUCAAAGGAUAUACGUGGUUAAAACCUUAGAAAGAUUUUGCACUGUUUUUUUUGUUUCGUUUCGGUUUUUGGUUUUUGGUCUUUUUUUAAAAGACAUCUUUGGAAUGUCAAUAAUUCCGUAGUGAAUGUUCACAGAGAACUUCCCAAAAAAUUCUUGCUGUUGGUCAGUUUCAAGUUCAAGCGUUUUGGUUUGUUUGCCUUUUCAGUCUUCAUGCUGUAAGGAAAAUAUGAUCCUGGCUGUUCAGGGUUGUUAAUUAUUAUGUGUAAAAUGAUUUCAGUUUAUUUGUUUGACUAUUUUAUUUUGUGUGUAUUGUGCACGGCUUUAGAAGGACAGGCACUCACAGUGCUGGUCCUUAGAAUUGGUACACAUUAUUGACACAGAAAAAAAAAUAAAGUUUCUAAUUGUUUGUGAUUUCAUCACCAGUGGCACAGCAUAUUCUGUACUGUGGAAUGUCUCCUCUCCUCAUUGUCAUCUAUUUUAUUUUUGGUUGUUUGUCUUCAUGCUCUGAGAAAUAAAGACCAGAAGGGUAUCCUUGCACAAUCAGUACCCUCCUCCAUGGAAAAGGAGAUAACCAAAAUUCAAGCUGCUGCAAAUGCCUGCCCUUUGGUCAAGCAAUGUUUAAAUGCCCCAAGAGCAGCACGCAGGAUUGGAAUGUUUGUUUAUCCUGUGAGGCUGUGAUACGCAUUGGAUGUGCCCUGUUUUCACCACUUCCUCACCUUUUCAUUUAACUCUCUCUUCUUGCUUUCUGCAUCCAACAACAUGAACUCAUAAACUAUCACUUGUCACACAAUUUUUAGCACAUAGCACAAUGCACUAAAUCUGAACAAAAGGCACAUGCAAAUGACCCACUGUUCAUCUCAUCAUCUUAAAGUUUCCCACAGAACCUUUCAUCACAGCACCAAGUGAGCAUGUGUGGCACAAUUUCAAGGGUGAAGGAAAUAAUAAAGUACAGUUUAAACGUUCUUCUUGAAUUACAGAACUGCUGUCUCCUGAACAUUGAUCUUUAAUUCCAUACAAAAUUGGGCAGCCAGUGUUUACUUCUUUAAUAAAGAGCAAAGCAGGUACUGUAGUGAGGAUCCUUGACCAUUUAAUAGGCUUCAGCAGAAUUUUCCAGCUGUUUGACUCUCGAGCACUUAGGAGCAAACAUUAAUUUGUUCACAGAUUCUAUUUCCAUCCUUCCAUCCUUGAAGAUUUCCAAGAGCCUUGCUUUCUAUAGCAUAAGCACAUGAAAGUUUUGUUGUGGCUGCUUUUCUAACAUAAGAUUAUCAUACAAAUAUGCUGUUUGAAACAAGCCUGAAGACAGAGAUGGGCUCACAUCUGAUGAGCACUCAUUCCCUCUCCAGAAAGAGAAAUGAAUUGUUCCCACAGCCAUUUCCACACCAGACUUCCUCCAUUAGAAACUUUAUGCUCUCACGUUCCUGGUCUCAAUCUAUAAAAGGAAACUGAGAGGAUCUAGUUUGCUCUCACAUCUUUGUGGAAGAAAUUAGAGAAUGCUCUCUGGGACAUGAUGAAGCCCCUAAAGCAGACCAGCUUCAUUAAGACUUCUUUUGGUUCUUCUGAGUUGAAAAUGUAGAAUCUCUCUCCAUUUUGAUUUUCCUCUUCUAUCUUUGGCAGCUAUACAAAGAGCAAGUCCUGGUUGUACUUUCAUGACUUUAGAGACAUUUGGCCAUUUCACCGUUGACAAUGUACAGUUCAUUCUCGUUUAUACAUGGCACCCAGCAUUCCUUAUAACAAUCACAUCUCUUGGGCAAGGCAUCCUUUCAUUUGUCAAGGCACUGACAAAACUAGGAAAUGAUACACCUGGCUAUCGGGCGGUAAAUAAGUGGUCUGCAAACAGAGCAGACAUGCAAGAUCACAUUUACCUUACUGGGAGGGUGUGUUCUUGUGAAUAGAAUCAUUGACUUGUGCUCAUGUCUUCUGAAAGAUUUUUAUUGUAAUGGAUUGGGAAUUUUGCUAUUCUUUUCAAAUGCCAUUAUUGCCAUAGCCAUUGAUUUCACACACCCCAGCAAGUUUCAAAGGUUGAGGUUGAAUGCUGCUGAUGGUACCUCAACCCAGGGAUACCAUGGAAAAAGAACACAGCUGAAAUAAUUAGGUGUUUCAUUUUUAAUACUUAACCAGGCCAUGGAUAGUAAUCUCCAAGCACAGAGAAUGACCUUCCUGCAGAAGGGCCAACCAGUAUGAGGUAGAAUUCCUAAAAGAGUGCUUUCACUUUCCAUUCCACAGGAAAUGGUAAGUAUCCAGCUUCCUGUCACUUUACCUCAGCCUGCCAAGAUGUCCAAAAAGAUGCACUCAGAAAAUCUCCAAUAUUUCAGUUUUGUCAAUGGUCCUCUGGUUUCAUUGCCUCAAGGGGCAGUUAAGUAGAUGGAUUUAUAAAUCAUUACUUAUUUUGAAUGCGCUUACUGUUAGGAAAGACCAUGACUUCAUGGUGUCACCUUUCCUUUCCCUGUUGCCCAACCUUGCCAUUCUUUUAUCAGUCACUCUUGGUCCAGUCAACAGACAAUGUGACCUGCCUGGUAUUACCUGGUAUUCAGCAACUGGAGAAAGCUCAUGCUCCAAGCAGUUGUUUGGGAAUUUUUCUUCUGGGAACAAAUUUGUUGCAGAAAAAUCAAAUAUAAUGACUUUUCACAAAGACGACAGACUUCAGAACAGUGUGUUAUCUCUGCAAGUACGUGGGGUAUGUGGUACACUAGAGUUACAUGCUAAGUUAUUGGUUUUAUGUCCCUUGGGGUCAUAUGUGCCCCAGGGUGCAUUCCACAGCCUAUUCUAUCACUGUGCAUAGGUAUGGAGUGGAAACGAACAACAACACAUGUCCCCAAACCCCAUGAGAGUUUCUCUAAAGCUGUCAUAUAUACACAAAGAAUAGUGCAUAUGAUUCUAAGAAUUAUGAGUAGGUCAAGUACUUCACUGGUUACUGUGUUUCAGGUAUGCAACAGGUGGGAAAAGUCACAUUAAUGACCAAAUAUACCAAGAAAGAAAUAGAAGAUAUCAGGGUUGCUGCAUCAGUUUGACAGUUAUUUCACAAAGCCCAACCUUAAUAAUUUGUGUGCUGCAAAGACAGGUAUAGUAGGCCAAAUUUUAAAAUGUACUGGAAGAGGGGAAACUGAUUUAUUAAAAUGCUUAUACAGCCCUCUCUACUGGAAUGCUUUGCCAGUGAGCUUAUAAUUUACAGUACUAUUUCUUAGACUCCCUUGCAGACAUAUAAUAGAGGAGAUCAAUUCAGCAAGAAGGCGACCCUUUCUAAAAGCGUGGCUCUUUAUUUGUAGUGCUCCACCUUCUAUUAUUAAGAUCAUAAUCUUGAGUUUUCUUUUCCAAGUGAGAGAACUAUUCUUUUGUAUUAAAUUAAACCAGAUAUGUAACUGCUUCACAAAAUAUUUCACCUAAGAAAUAAACUAGGUAGUAUAAAUAUCCAUGAUAAAAACCAUGAUCUUAACAGUUGCUUUUGUGAAAACUUGUAUUCUUUGUGAAUCUUUCCUUACUUUUCUAAAUUCAUUUUAGAAAACACAGACUUGAAAAUUUUCAAAAUAAAAAUUCUUGGGAGCUUUUUACACUGAAUUGUAAUAAUGCUCAGAGAAUCAAGUUCUGUGGCUAUGAUAACGAUGUGGGUGAGAAUUAUCUACACUGUUGACAAGAUUACAUUUUUUAAAUGAAAUAGUUUGGCACAAAGAAAAUGUGUUAAGUAGGAUUUCAUCAUGCAUUGCCCCUAUUUAAGGUACUUGAAAGUCAUUACCUUGAAGCAAGAAAAAGAGCCCCAUUUUCCUGAGACAACUGUAUAUUUUAAACUCAUUCUUGGGUUUGACAUGAAAAUCAAAGCAGGGCAUAUAUAGUUUUUGGCUUGGACAACCAAAGAAAAGUAUGUUUUUGGCAUACAGUCCAUGCCAUUGAAUUAUUUUAUGGAAUACAUUAGAGCUGUGCAGAUGCCUCAUAAAAAUAUUUUUCAAUAGUUUUUUUUUCCAAUUUUAAAUGUAUAAUGCUUAUAAAUUACUUAACUUGGUAACUUAAUACUUUCAUAUUUUAAAAGGUAACUCCAUUUUCAUAUUGUUACUAACACUUCAGGACUAAUUAUAAUGUUAGAUCAAUUCAUGGGAUGGGAUAUUGGACUUGAGUCUAGCCCCUAUAACCACGAAGUCCAGAGAGAUCCCCCAAUGGUUAAAUGUUUUCCAUGAACCAGCCUUAAAGUGUAUAACUAUGUGAAUGUUGGUUUUAGUCUUUUUUUUUUCUGUCAAAGGUUCACAUUCUACCCAGUUCAAUAACAACCCUAGAAGAUUGGUAUUACUAGUUGCAAGAGUCUUUUUACUUGGAAUUGGCCAUUGUUCUAACACCGGCUCUCCUCUACCCAAUUUCUCCUAUACCACAGAAAUAUGUGCAUUGAAAGCAAAGAUUCAACAUGUAAAAGCAAAGUAUUACAUGUUGAAUAACCUAAUCUGCAUUAUGCAUCUUGCCCAAAAGUUCAUGUCAACCUAACUUCUUCCACAUCCUAUGUCGUUCAUAAAUGGAACAAAGUACCAAGAAGGAGUCUUAUUAUCCCUGUAAAGAUGCACAGUCCAAGUUGUUUAAUAACUGCUUGGAAUAACAGGUAUCCUUCCCAAAACAGAUGCAAAAAAUCUUAUUGAAAGAAAUUCAUUUUUGUUCUUUUAUUUCACAAGCAUUUCAAAUAGGGCAUCUUUAGGGUUAAUUUGGUUCUUUCUGCCUUUGAGAGUGAAACUGUUGAAAACAGUUCUUAGAAAAAAAAAUAUUUUGGUCAAGGUCAACUUCAGAAUGAAAUUUUUCUGUUUUCCCUUGAGAGAUGGUACUAAGGAGGCAGGCAACCAUGUACCAGUUAACAUUUUCUAGAAAUGUAUUUUGGCAUGUUGGGAGGAAGGAAGGAGGGGGUCUCACCCAAUCUGUCCACUGAUAUUUCAUCACCUGCCACCCAGCCUGUGUAUCUUUCACUAGCUCUGGUUAAGGUUAGACACUCAAACAGAGCCAGCCUGCAUCUUUCAUAUGUGUUGAUUGUCUUCUGUCCGGCAUUUCCUUUCUAAAAUCCAACUAACGAGCAAACUAGCCUAGCUAACCAGUUGCCCAUGAGACUUCUCCAAGGGGUCCUCUCAGAUCAAGGGAUGUAGUUGAAACAGGUGCAGAGCCUUUGGAAUUCACUUCCAACUCUUAUCAUUAGGUUCUCAAAAAAAAAAAAAGUUUUCCUUUGAUGUUUCUGUCCAGAACUCUGAGAGUAGGGUUCCUGAUGCCAUGAGUGUCUUAUAGGUACUUCAACACUCCAACACUAGUAGUCUUCUCUUCUGUUAUUAAAAUGAAGACAAGGAUUACUUUAAUACUACUUAGGAUUCCUUCACACUUCUUCAGAGCUUCCACUAAUCAACAUCACAAGAUGACAAAGGAUCAGAAAUAAGUUAAACCAAAGAGGCAUAAAACGAACCCGUUUAAUAAGGCCUUCAUCCAGAAUCACUCACUGACUUUCUAUUCAGUUCAAACUUUGAAAAUUAAUAAUUCAGUGUAGCAGUUUCACAAUCAGAGGUUAUGGUUUUGACACAAUUUCAUAAGCUUCGGGCAUUUAUUUUGCUAAAAUGUUCUGUUAAUUAUCACAAGGUAAUGAUGAUUUAAGAAAAUUAACUCUGUUCCUGGAUUUACUCGGAUUCCAAUUACAGUCGUCUAAUUAAAUUAACCUUUCAUUUUGGUCUGAGGAUAUAUAAGAAUGUGAGACUAAUGGGGGUCAUUCUGAAACUGAUCAAAGGACUUCCCUUUAAUAAAAAUAGAACUAAUGACUUUCUUAAUUUUACAUUCUGUGUUUCACCGUCAAAAUGAAUGGACUCAGACUCAGCUAGCACACUUCCAUGGGCAAUCGCUAUGUGAAGCAGACACCUGUUAGUUAGCAAUUCAAGUUGUGGAUCGCUUGUUAUUGGCAUCACUUGCCUCAUCAUUACUGAAGUUCUUUCUACUGACUACUAACUACUACUAACUACCAACACUGAAUGCUCUUGACUUGGCGGCAUCUGGUUCUUCUCUGAGCUGAAAUCUCAGCCCUCAUCUGCUGACAGCAUCUAGAAGAGGGAACCAUAGCUUCCCUCUCGAAGUAACACAAUGUCUCUUCAAUGUCCAGUUGUCAUCAGAGAAAACAAAAGGUUUUCUCUUUUGGAAAGGUAGAUCUAUUGAUUUCAGAACGUUGUGAAUCUGCAGAUCUCUUCUCAUCACUACAUCAGGGAAGUUAACCUUCAUGACAUUUUUUUCUGGAACACCUCAAGUCCCUGUGAGGGGUAGCUUCCUAUUUCUUCUGUUUACAGGUGUGAGCGAAGAUGCAUUAGCUUGCCAACUAGUUAGUCCUCAUCACAUUUGAUUGUCAGAACAAGUGUCAAACCAAUCAAGCCCAAAGCAUCUGGGACAAACUAAAUAUAUAUUGCAACAUAGUUACUUGUACACUGCUGGGAAUGCAGCUCUUUUCCCUGAGGGAAUGAGACAGUUCUCCCGCUUGAAGAAGGGUCCAAAAGGUUGAGAUAACUUUCGACUCUGAUCUUAAGGCCACAUCCAUUUUCUUCUAAGGAAGACAUUUUAAGUUCAUUUUAGUUUUUAAUUCCACUUUUGAUUUUCAUGCUUACCAACAGAUAGGAGAAAGAGAUUGUCAGCACUAUUCUGUACUAAACUAUAUGAAUUAAAAGCAAGCUGUACAGUAGCCAGUCCCCUCCCCCCCAAAAAAGUUUAUUUAAAGGUACAAGUAUUCUAAAGGAAAAUGAAUAAAAGGAUACCAUUUGCUACAGAUUCAACUGUCUUUGAAAGCCUCUUUGUUAAGGAGAAAUGAAUAUCCCACAAGAUGUCACAAAAGACUUCCUAAAUCAUACCCUUAGCAAUUACCAGGACUGCCACAGCCCAAAUGCUUUCUCAGUGAUCUGAAAUUGCCCAUAAACACAGAAAAAGGAUGUAGACAUUUUCACAAGGAAAGGAAGGAAAAAAAAAUAACAGAGCUCUGCUUAUGUAAACAAAGACUAUUCCUGUGGAAUGAAUGUAAACUUUCUCUAGAAGGAAUCACCAUUGGAAUGCCUUAAGAAAUGACAGAACUAUUUCAACAUAGUGGGAGUAGUGCAUUCCAGGGCUGUUAGUCCUGAGCCACAAAACCAGAGUUGUGACGGGGAAGGGUAACCAAACAUUACUGACAUGUUGCAACAGAUGAAGAAGCUUUGGGAGCUUCAGUGUAGAGAGAGGAAAUUUAAAUAGAUAAUAUUUUUGUUACAACUGGAAUAAUUUCUGUCACGGCUGCUUGGGGAUAAAAAUUCUCUUCCUUUUCUCAUUGUAGGUUUCCAUCCAGAGCUUCAGAGUACAUGCAUUAUAUUUUUAAAUUGCAGUGGUUCCCUUGUGUCAAGUCUGACCUCUAUUUCAGAUUUGAUUAGGAAAUAGUACAUUGGAAAAAAAUAGGGUUUUGUCUUUAAAAAAAAAAAAUGCACCGUAGGCAUUUUCUGCUGAUGACUUUCCUUAGGCAAUCCUAGUUGUAUUGUCAAUCAAAGACAGGUCUUUGCUUAAAGAAGAGAACUCCCUUUCCCCAGCAAACUCAGCCUUCUCUCCUUGCUGGCAACAGCUCAUUCACGCAAAUUCCUGUCAGUCUUCCUCAGCUCCCUGCCACAGCCCCACCUCUUAAACUGACCCAGGUUUUCCAGCCAAGCAAAUUGCAGUCUCUAAUUAUGUGUGCUGACAACUUGUGCACCUUCACUCUCACCUACCUGACUGCCGCAAAUGUCUCUCUAAACGUUCUCUGUUCGGUCUUUCCCAGGAGCUCUUGGGAUUAACAAACUUUCAUGCAAAUUUUACCAAGAAAACAUCAACAACUCAUUUGUUUGUGCUCAGGCAAGAAACUGUGAACAAAUUUAGUCACGGCAUUAAUUACCCUAAGGUGAUAAGGUGACUGUCACGUACGUGGCAGAAGAGAAUUGCAAUGCUGUUACUAAAAUAAUAUUCUAUGAAGAGAGAGUAUAGAAUGUUCUACAAAUGAAGUUUCAGGGUGCCACACUUAAUAACAGAAAAUUACAUAGGAAGGCCAAAGCACAGAACAUGAUUUAGAAUUAUAUUUCAUGGACAUGUUUAUUGUAUAUGCUGACGUAUGCAUAACUGUCUAAACCUAAAAUUUAUAAUUAAAAAUUUCUAUAAUCAAUCUAACACCAGUAGGAUCUAGCUCUUCCUACUUGAUGAGUUUCUGGGGAGAAAAUUCACUAUCGAUCUUCUCAUCUCAUAUGGAAAAGCUUUGCUGCAGGAAUGCAAUGAGGUGACAGAGUAACUAUAUGGUGCAUUUUAGAAUAAGCAAUGACAGUGAUCCUUAAAAGUCUGGUCUGUAGCCAAGAAGCAUGAGCAAUGACUAGAAAACCUGUGAGCUAUGCAAAUCAUCUGCUCCUACCUAAGACCUCCCAGCCCUCUGUAAAUCAGAAAUGCCAAGAGUAGGUGGGUUUUCACAAGCCCUUUGGAUGAUUCUAUUGCAUGCUACAGCUCCGAACCAUCGAUCCACAGUGUUCUGUGUAGCUAAGGAUGAUCCAUGUCACACACACACACACACACACACACACACACACACACACACCCUUUUAACUGCUUCCCCCAGAACAAAGCUGAGAGGAUUAAAUGGCAGCCUACCUCUCAGCACAAUAGGCUCAGACAUGUGGGUUUAAAAGUCCAUUAUUCAGAUUUAGAAUUCAGUUUGAAUGAAACCUAACCCCAUAACUGAUUGUUGUUAUUAUUUGGGGUUUUGUUUGUUUGUUUGGAACAGGACUUCAUGAAGCCUCUCUUUCUUGAGUCUUUCUAUAUCUUUUCAAAUAUAGCUGUUCAUAUUAUUUUACCUGGCCAUCCAUCCCAGAGUCCAAAAACAACCUGGGAAACUUUUCCCACAGUUGGGUAACUAACUCCAGCUGCCAUUAGGCUUAAUGGCAGACUUUGCUGUAAUAGUCCUGAGUUCUGCUAAAUGAACGUCUUCUGGUUUAAGGAGUGGGAGUUCAGAGAUACAAUGACCAAUCGUUAGAGCUUGGGAAGCUGGUUCAAAAUAAAGCACGGGGCUUACAAAGCUUGGACACAGCAGAUGGCGAAGGCGUCACUUUAGGUCCCCAGGGAUCAACUUUCAAGGCCCUCUUGCUGGCAUUGGGAUAAAGCAGGAGUGUUGAAUACUCAAGUCACUUAAGAAAUUAAGAAAUAAGAAUGCCUUGAAAGACAGGCUAAAAUAGUGCAUUAUGUGAGUAUCUGUAGUCUUGUGUCUGUCAGUCCUCUGAAAUCUAACCCGACUUCUGACUUCUUAAAACAUCCAUGUGCAUUUGUCCUUCCUUUUUUUUAAAAAAAAAACAUGUACAGAUAUUUAAUCUCUAUACAUAAAAACAUAUAAGUUAACAUCUGGAAGGCAGAUAAUAUAUAAAAAGAUAUAUUUCUUUUUUUAUGAUACUUUGGAUUUUCUUUUUCUUUUUGUCUUUUUUGGUUUCUUUUUUUAUUUUUAAAUUUAUUACAAUUUAUUCUCUUUAGUUCAAGAAUCUGUAUGCCUCUGCUGUUGCUGGUCAAAGCUUGAGGACUCAUUGUCCAUUUGCUGCACUGGGGUUGCUGUCCCAUCGCUGCCUUCCCUGUUAUCCUAGCCCUGUCAAACACCUGCCCACUUCCAGCACCAGCUCAAGCGCAGCCCACGUGGUCUCAGUCACACUACAUCCCCAAGUUCAUGUUAUUUUACUCAAAAUCAAAGCCUCUCUGAGAAGUCACAUCAGCACAGCAGGCAGGGCAUAAUAUUUGCAGCAGACCGGCCUAGGUGAGAUUCCAUGCAGUUGACUAACAUCCUGCACUAAGACCCAGAUACCUUUUGGACCUUUGGCUCGUCUCCUUGGGACCCUCCCUGGUAGAAACCCCAAGGUGAAGUUGCAGCGCUCCGCAGUCCACCAUGCAUGGUGUUACUUGCUCCAGUCCUGAAGUCUUGAAAUAAGCCUAGAUUUGAAUUGCAAAAGAGCAGGUAAAUGGUUCCAUAAUAAAAGACCCUUAUUAUAUAGCUUAUCAAAGAGACCAGGACAUGAGAAGGUAGCGAAUGAUUGUUUUAAAACCAUAAGCAGAUCUGCCUGUCAGUACCAUCCCCAGUGUUAGUCACAGGACAGUGGUACAACACAACUCUCUUCCCCAAAAGCCAUAAUAACCAUUGCUGACACAGCGUGUGCAGAAGCUGUACACAGCGCGUAAGGGAUCCAUCACAGAUAACCUCCACGGACAAAGAGCGGGAGGUUGGAAAGAGGAAAUCAGAGGUGAUCUUAGCCUAGGUGACUGGAAGCCAUCCUCAUACUCCCCCAGCUCAUCCUGGAGAUUGCUCCCGUCUAAGACUGUUUUCAAUAGCUUCAUUGCACUUGGAAUCCCCAAAGUGGUGGUUUGUCAGGGAGAUGCAUGGUAGCUUAACUGAAUCUUUCAGUUUUGAAUCUCUCAGGCCACCAUAUACAAUCUAUAAAGAUUGCCAUUUUCAGUGCGCAACACACACAAAAGUGUACGCAACCUAUGCUAGUAAUUCUGUGGGGAAAGAAAAUGUUUAAGAGUAAGAAACUUUCCAAUGUAUUUUUUUUUUCAGUGUUUCAGAGGUAAAAUUUUGGGGGAAACAAAAGUCAACAUGCCCAUCAAUGCUAACUGUGUUAGAAUUAUGAUCAUCAGAAAAACUGUUAGAAAUGUUGUAUAAAAUACCUUCCCUAGCAUCAGUGGAUCAAUACUAUUUGAAUUUAACUGUCAACAUGUGCUCGUUAAAUAUUUUUAUACCUGUGGUAUUCUACCAUUAUCCUGAAAUAGUGACCACACACCUGAUGUGACCAGGAAAGUAAAUGGCCUCAUUGAAAGGUUAGAAGUGGAGGAAGUUAUUUAUAGCCUUCUGCCAAAGAAAACUGUUUAAUGAUCUGUAAACUGUAGAUUAACUUCUUGUGUUAUGAAUGUGGAUGUAAGAAAUGCUCACUCCAUCCUCUCUCUCUUUCGAAAAUGAAUCUUUUUAUGUUUCUAAUGAACAAGGGAAAUAUUUUAAGGCAAUGCAAUACACAGAUGUGUUAGAAGAAGAAAGCCAGAUUUGAAUUUGAAAAUUUAGUGGCACGUUUAACAAUCCUUUCCUCAAAUUCUUACGACACACGAAGUUGCAUUUGGAGACUUUAAACACACCAACACUGAUAACAGCUCUUGUCUCAUAGAGAAAGCACUGAAACAUUUCUCUUCAAGAACGUUGAGUGGACAGAAAUUAUUGUCCGGUUUUCUCACCCACCCACUGCGUACGCAUUGACUCAGAGGUCUACCAGUGUCACACAGAGGGUUAACAUGCUGUGUAUGCCAAUUUAAUCUGUGCAGUUAGCAAGAACUAGCCAUUAAACUAUAUAUUUAAAUGUUUUGUAAAUAAAUUUUUGAUUACUACAGUUUUGUUCACACUGCUGUCUUUUAAAAUAAUUAGACUUGAUUUGAAUUUUUUAAAUAAUCUGUUAUUUUAGAUGUUGCGUUAUUGACUGUGAUUCAGUGUACACUCAGCCAUAUUCCUGUGGGAAAUAUCAGUCCUAUUGACUUUCUGGGCAUGAGCCAGAAGCUCUUAGUUUCUCUAAGGACUUUAAGUAUAAAGACAAAAAAAAAAAAAUCAAAAUGAAAUGCUAGUUAAGAAAUAAGAAGCCUAUUGUAUAAAAUGUAUUUUUAAAAAUCUUAAGAUUCAUGUGAUUUACACUGCCUGUUAAUCUAGUCUCUUUGUGAAAUAACCACAGCAUAUUUGUUAAGACAGAGACACCAAAUAUUUGUGAUCUUUGUAUAGCACCUUGUUAUAACAUGUGAUUUCAAAUGGUAAACAUCUCUGUUGUGAUCACGUGAGCCCACAGAAGAAUAAGUUUCUGCUGUUAAUGUAAACUCCAGCUCUCAGAAUUCAGAUUUCUUGCAGCUGCUGUUAUCACCAAUAAACAAAGAAUAAUUGAGAAAAAAUAAUUUUUAAGUUCAUGAUCACUGUGCAUUUUGUUAAUGGAUUCAGAAAUUUUUAUUUUUACCGGAAACUCUUUCAGCCAGUAAAUACAACUGCUGAUUUCAACCGUACUAUUAUUUCUGUGGUUUAUAUAUUAUUGAUCUAACUACCAAAAAAUUGGAAGCUUGGUGCAAAGUAUGUCCUAACAAAGAUAUAAUAAAUGACUUUUCCUGCA